AGCUCUCUACGAUUUUUAGUCUCAUUUACACCUUUUUUGGUCUUUCUUUAUUUCAGCUACAUGGCUGAAUCUUCGCUGUUUGUUUUCGAUGUCAAUCCUCAGGGAGAGAGCAUCCUCAGCCCUGAGGAGGUAGCCCGCGUUCACGAGCUUUUCGCCAGUUUCGACACAGCUUGGGACCAUCCCGCGAUUCAAAGUCGACUCAAACAAGCGCGUCGUCAGUCUGAUAGCAGUUCUUCGCCUUUGAACAGCAUGACCUUAUUUGCCGCGAUCUGGUCCUCAUCCACUCCUCCCGAAUUCCACAAGUACCAAGUUGUUUGGAAGGCGAUGCGCAUGCAGCUGGAAAACGAUGGUGUUCUUGCGAAGCUUGUCUCGGAAUUUAACGCCUAUGUGAAGAGGCAAGGCAAGGCACGUCGGAGAGGAAGUGAAAUCGCUGAGUCCCUAGGUCAAAGGGAUACGGAGGCGCCCCAGUCGAUUGGUAACAGCAUUUCGUCAGCUUGGAUGCAGCGUCGUCAGGCGCAACUUAGGACUAAGGGGACAAGGUCUUCUGCUGAUCCUUCGUCUGACAAAGUGUUUGAAUCGAAAUUUCGUGUUCGCGAACGUUCGCCGCCUGCUCCAGUCUCUUCCUUCGACCAAGAUUCAACGGGAUCUUCCUAUGUGUCUUUUCCAUUUCGAGGAAUGUACGAGGACCGCGAUUUGGAUUACGAGGAAGAGCAGAGCAGAGACUCUUCUUUUGACCUCCAUUCGAAUAUUUCGAACUUUCAAUUCCUCUCCUAUGAAUCGGGAGCGGCUUCAACUUCAACACAGUCGUAUCCGGUGACAGGACAUCAACAGACGCUCGCUCCAACCUUUUCUGAUGCGCAGUCGUAUCUGUAUUCCACAAACACCAUUCAACAGCAACACGAGCAGCCUCUAGGAUUUUUCUCUCCGUUUAGCACCAACGAUUUUGCGCCGGUGUUCCCAGAAACCAACCAGAGCGCCGCCAAAUUCAGAGUAGCUCCUGGUCCUUCUAAUCUUGCUCCUUCUCAAUAUGCAACUCUGCCACAGUCAGGCUCGUACCCCACCCAGGCGUACCAAAUAGCCAGCUCGCCUUCUCCGCGGACGACCCCCUCUUCCUCCUAUCCUUUCUCCUCUUCCUCGUCGUCUUCUUUCGACCCAGCGAUGUCUUCUUACAACUCCUCGUUCGACCAGCCUCCAAAUAAUUAUUUGGGAGGAAAUCCUCAUUUGGACUUUGGCAGUGAUUUCAAGAACGAUGCUUUUGGACGUAUGCUGAACGGACAGGGAUCUGGAUUUGGGUAUAGCAGACUACCCGUACAUCCAACAGGGACGAUGAGUUAUGCCUCUGAUUAUAGUCCAGGCCAUAACAUUCCACACGCCAAUUGGAGCGUAGAUGAAAUUGCCGCUGAUGCUUCCUACACUGACUCGGACGACUUUUGCGGAUCGUUUGGUGCUGGAUCAUUGGAUGACGGAGGCAGUUAUCGAAGAUAUUGAUAUAUACAGGAGCUGAACCUGGCAAACGAUGAAAGAGAGACGCCUUUGGAAAGAAUUAGUUGAUUUGCUCUGCUGUGAGCUGACAACCGGACUCACUUGUGUUAUCCGAGUCAAGGAUCUUGUAUCAUAUAGACCUACAUAAACCUAAACGCGGGGACUGUAUGCUUUGCAUGAACUUUAAGCAAGUCAAAUGUAGCAUUAUACCAAUGUAUAUACCAUGUAACACCUUUCUUUCUUGUAGAUAUGAACACCAUUCGUAGAGAGAGUAGGAGCACACUCGAGGAAGAAUCUAGGUUUGCUUUAUAGUUAUAGGUGAAUCUUUAGGCUCUUGUACUUAGUUUAGCA